AUGACAACAACAACUUUUUUUUUAUUUUUAAUACCGAUUUUAGCUAUAAUAUUACUUGCAGUUAAUUUAAUACUUUCUCCACAUAACCCAUAUCAAGAGAAAGAUAGUGCUUUUGAAUGUGGUUUUCAUUCUUUCUUAGGACAGAAUAGAACACAAUUCAGUAUAUCUUUCUUUAUAUUUGCUUUAUUAUUCUUAUUAUUUGAUUUAGAAAUAUUAUUAGUUUACCCUUAUGUGGUAAGUGCAUAUACAAACGAAAUAUAUGGUUUAGUGAUUAUGUUAGUAUUUUUCCUUGUAUUAACUUUAGGUUUUGCUUUUGAGUUAGGAAAAAAUGCUUUAAAAAUCGAAAGUAGACAAACUUAUAGUUUUAAUUAUAAAUCUUGA